GGCAAGUGCGUGCUGGUGCGCCAAAACUAAGCUUUACGAAUACACAGGACUCUUCUUCUUGAGUUUGGAUCCUAACGUGAGCCCAACAAACAAACUUCUAUCCUAACCAGAAUAUUCAUCGGCAACGACGGUAACGUGUCUCGAUUGGAAGCAUCCCGGCCUUUGUCACCAACUUAGUUUUAGUUUUUGCGUUUUGGUGUUUGAUGUGUGGUGGUGGCGGUCGUCGUCGUUAUUAUCGAUUAGACAACCCUAAACCGAAGCUUCGGUUCGUUUUGGACAUCUCACUAAGGUGAAGUGCAGUGCAGUACUUGUUAUUUUGAACUGUUGGUAAUAUAUGGUGUAAUUUAUGGCAACUUUUGAAGGAAAAGUUACAUUCACUUCCCUUUCUAAGCAAGAAAAGGAGAAAAAUAUGUACCCUCAUAUUGAUGACUAUAGUAAUCCUGUAUGGCCUGCUACGAAAGCUUUGGCUGCUCCCCAAGUAGGCUCAGAGUCCGUGAAAGAAAAAUUUUCUUUUCAGUUUCCAUUCGAGUCUGAAGACUUCCUUGAUGGGGGAUAUGAUUCAAGUGAAGAUUCUAGCAAUACAGUGCAAAUUACUAGGCCUCCAAAGGUCAACUUGAAAAAUGUCUUAGGUGGGAUAGUUGCAAUUUUAACUGGGCGUAACAAAGGCGCAAGUGUUUCCUUGAAUCAACGGCUCCCAAUUUCUAAUGUUUCCUUUAUUGGCUCUGAAAAUAAUGGGGAGACAUAUCUGCAUUCCUCAGUUUACAUACCAAGUGCCCCUCCACUACUGGAACCAAGUGGGAUUAACUAUAGUGCAUAUAAAGAGGUGUUAGAAGCUGAACCCCCAGAGUGGCUGCCAGAUAGUUCUACUACAGUGUGCAUGCAGUGCACUGCACCCUUCACAGCACUUACCCGUGGAAGGCAUCAUUGUCGAUUUUGUGGUGGUAUCUUUUGCAGAGCAUGCACAAGUGGAAGGUGCUUGCUACCUGUUAAGUUUAGGGAGAGGAAUCCACAGCGGGUUUGUGAUGCCUGCUAUGAUAGGCUUGAUCCAUUGCAAGGAAUUCUGGUUAAUACCAUUAGCAAUGCUGUGCAAACAGCAAAGCAUGAUGUGAUGGAUUGGACAUGCACAAGAGGAUGGUUGAAUGCUCCUGUUGGUUUGUCAAUGGAGCAUGAGAUAUACAAAGCAUCAAAUACAUUGAGAAGCUACUGCCAGGUUGCUAGACUAAAUCCUGAGAGGUCCAUACCUCUAGCAGUUCUCAAAGGAGCCAAAGGCUUAGCAAUCUUAACUGUAGCAAAAGCUGGUGUGUUGGUUGCUUACAAACUUGGCACUGGUUUAGUCAUUGCUAGAAGGUUGGAUGGAUCAUGGUCUGCCCCAUCUGCGAUAUGCUCAGUUGGUCUAGGAUGGGGUGCUCAGAUUGGGGGUGAGCUCAUGGACUUUAUAAUUGUCCUCCAUGAUAUGAAAGCUGUGAAGACAUUUUGUAGUCGAAUGCAUUUUUCUCUUGGUGCUGGUUGCAGUGCUGCAGCGGGCCCUAUUGGGAGAGUCCUGGAGGCAGAUCUUCGGGCUGGGGAUAGAGGUUCAGGCAUGUGCUACACUUACAGUUGUAGCAAAGGUGCAUUUGUUGGGGUAUCACUUGAAGGAAAUAUAGUUGCAACGAGGAUGGAUACCAAUCUAAAAUUCUAUGGUGAUCCUUAUCUCACUACCAAUGAUAUUUUGCUGGGCACCGUGGAGAGACCAAAAGCUGCCCAGCCCUUGUAUUCUGCCCUCGAAGACCUAUACUCUAGUCUGAGGUGUUAGUUGCCAGGCGCUAUUCUUGUGGCAUGUCUUUGUCGGAUGUGAAUUCCCCAUCUAAUCUUCAGUUUCUCUUUGCAUGUGCCAUGUCUCUGUUAGCUGUUGGGAUGUGCACUUACUCCUGAAUUUGAUUCCACGACAGUUUCAUGUUGAUGUUCGUUGAUUAUGAGCUCCCAUUCAAUUUGAUUACGUUCUUUUGCAAUAAUCUAGCCGCCCCCAUUUUCAUGAUGUAAAUAGAUAAUUUAAUGAUACAGAAUUAUUGGGAUUUGAAAAUGUAUAGAUGAUUUGUAUAUAGUGAUCAACUUCACUUUCUAUUUCUUGUACAAAAGAAAUAUUGGUAAAUAUCAUAUUGGUUCCUUUAAUAUGACUA